CCACAACUCCUAUCGCACAACAUUUCAGGUUCUGAAGCGACAAUUAACAAAAAGAAAGAAAGGAAAAACAAGAAUUUUAAGUAAAUGAAACGUGCAGACUUCUUCCGGAGAGUAUGGAUUAUUAUUGAAUUCAACAGUUGUUGAGGGAGCUCGGACAUUUCCAAAGAUGCUUUUUGUCUUCAUUUUAGGAAUACUGGUGCCAUGUGUUUUGCUGCAAGAGAGCCCUGUCGGCCGCUGUGAUGACACCCGUGUUGAGCAGUACUUCACUCCAUGCACUUCUUGUGCCGCAGCUCUCAUAGUCUCCUGUCCAAGGAGUUUUAGAAAAGUCACAUCUGGCUUUGGUAAUGCUAACUGCAGUUACACAGUGCAGAUUGGCGAGCGUACGCAUGAACUUCCAGGCUGUUCACACAUCUGUGAAAAAGUUGUCACAGAGCGCAGGUGCUGCCCGAACUUCUGGGGUCCUCUGUGUCUGCCCUGCCCUACUUGGUCAGACAAACCCUGUAACUGGCAUGGAACCUGUCUGGAUGGCACCGCUGGGAAUGGUACCUGUGUAUGCAAGAAUGGCUUUACUGGUUUGGCCUGCCAAGAAUGCUCAAACAAAAAUGCAUAUGGAGAACAAUGCAAAUCGGAAUGUGAUUGUGUGAAUGGAGGCUGUAACGCGGGACCAGAUGGCAAUGGGGAAUGCUAUUGCCAACCUCCAUAUUCAGGACCCAGAUGUGACAUAGUUUCUGAGGGCUGUAAAAACUGUUCUGCCCAUUAUUACUGUAAAGGCGACAACGCAAAUGCUGUGUGCGAAUGCCUCCCUGGCUACACAAGGAUUGGUCGCAUUUGUGUGGGCGUGUGUCUUCCUAGCUCCUGCGAUAAGAACGCUGAAUGCUCCGUCAAAGCGGGGCGCUUCCAGUGUGAGUGUAAACACGGCUAUGUAGGCGAUGGGAAGGUGUGUGUGGCUGUGGAUCCCUGUGCUGAAAACAACGGAGGAUGUCCUGUCAACUCCACCAUUUGUAGCUACGCAGGCCCAGGCCAGGCUGUGUGUUCUUGCUUGGAUGGUAUGAAAGGCUCCAACCCCGCUGCUGGUUGUGUUUUGACGUCAGCCUGCACCGACAGCUACUGUCACAACACUGCUCAAUGCCAGACUGGGCACGAUGGCAUUCCCAGGUGUGUGUGCAGUGCUCAAGAAGUUGGAGAUGGACACAGUUGCUAUGGCAGCAUCAUGCAGAGGAUUAUUGAGCUAAACCAUGAUGGAUACUUGACAGGAGCGAUCUCAUUAUUCAAUAUAGGAUGUGGAUUUAGCGUGAGCCAAGGAGGACCAUUCACAGCUCUGGUGCCGGUCCUGAGUGGAGCAUUAUCGGGAGUGUCUGAAUCCUCUCUGUGCAAACAUCACCUUAUAUUGGGCCAGCAUCUCACCACGGACCUCCAAGGCAAAGACUUUUGGACAUUCAGUGGGGAAAAAAUCAGGUUUAAAACGGACAGGACAUUUAUUUUCAUGAGGGAUCCAGACACAGUGUUUACAAUAAAACAGUCUGAUCUGCCUGCUGCCAAUGGAAUAAUUCAUAUCAUUGACAAGCCCAUCACAAAUCUCCCAGCUGACGCGUCAAGCAACAUUAAGUUGGCCAGCAAAACAAUUGGAGAAAUCUUUGCCGAGGACACACAAUUUAAUCGAUUUGUAUCUCUUGUAGACAAUUGUGGCACUACUCUGCCUCUGAGAGGUCCUGGACCGUUAACUGUGUUUGUCCCCACCAAUAAUGCCAUCGACAAGUUCAGAGACGGCAGUGUUCUCUACAUGCUGUCCGAGGCUCAACACAAGCUGCAAGAACUUCUGAAGCAUCACAUGUUCUCUGAGGCAGCGAUUAAAGUAGACCAGCUGGCUGGCAUGCGCGAAAUUCCUUCAAUGGCCAAGCAAGUCAUCAGUAUUCAAGUCAGCAAAGAUGGAAGAAUUUUUCUUAGUGAAAAAGACAUACCCCUGCAAACUAGGGAUAUUGUUGCAUCCAACGGCAUCAUACACAUCAUUGACGGCGUCCUCGUCCCUCCUUCCAUUGUUCCGAUAUUACCACACAGAUGUGACCUCAAUGAAACCAAGAUUAUUCAAGGUCCUUGCGUAGCAUGCAGCUAUCUUUACAGGACUGAAUGUCCCCCUGACAGCAUAGAGCUGGACGAGCAUCUGAAGGGAUGUGAGGCGCCUCCAAUUGCUGCAUUUCCAACUUCUAAAAUCAUGGGCUGUGCCAAGUACUGUAGUGUGACAACAAAAACGAAAGAGUGCUGCAAAGGCUUCUAUGGCCCUGACUGUAAACCCUGUAUUGGUGGCUUCAGCCAUCCCUGUUAUGAUAAAGGAAUUUGUCUUGAUGGGAUCCAAGGCAAUGGCAGCUGCCAGUGUGCCCCGGGCUUCGAGGGAAUAGCCUGCCAUAUCUGCUCACAUCCAGACAAACAUGGAGAAAAUUGCGAUGAAGAUUGCCGGUGUGUCCACGGUGUUUGUGACAACAGGCCUGGCAGCCAAGGGGUGUGCCGCCGCGCCUCCUGCCAGGAGGGCUUCUCAGGCGACCUGUGUGACAAGACACCCUCCCCCUGCAACUCAGAUGGAGUGUUUGAACACUGCCAUUUCAAUGCCUACUGCACAUACAGUGGCAGCAACACUAUAUGUGUGUGUAAAUCAGGUUAUGACGGGGAUGGACAUACCUGCAUACCUGUUAAUUACUGCCUGAAGCCGGACCGAGGGGGUUGUGACUUAAACGCCCAGUGUGUGUAUGCAGGCCCAGGAAGGCCCGUAUCAUGUGUAUGCAAUGAGGGCUGGACUGGUGACGGUUUAGUCUGUGCAGGUAUUAAUAACUGCUUGUUGGACAAUCGAGGGGAUUGCGAUAAAAAUGCAGAGUGUCUUUCUACUGGCCCUGGACAGAACGAGUGCACAUGUAAAAAGGGAUAUAUGGGCGAUGGCAAGAUGUGCAUCAUGUCGAAUCCCUGUCUGCGGAAGAACGGAGGAUGCCAUCAAGUGGCAUUAUGCAAACAAAAUGGCACUGGGGUACGCGAAUGUGUGUGCCCUGAAAACUUUGAAGGUGAUGGACUCACUUGCUAUGGCAACAUACUGAUGGAACUGGACUCGAGCUUUGAGUACUCUACAUUCAAUCGCUUACUUCAGAGAUACCAUCAUACGUAUGAUCUCUCUGGCAACAUCACAGUUCUGGUGCCCUCCAGGAGUGCUUUCAGAAAUCUCAGCAGAGCAGAAGAGACGUUCUGGUUUGACUAUUACAGACUCCCGCACCUGAUAAAAGCACACGUUCUAGAUGGAGUGUUUUCCACUGAGGAUUUACAGAAUAAUUUCAAUAAGCAGCUGCCAACGCUUCAGCCAGACACCAAAUGGACCAUCAGGAACUCAAGUGGGGACAUCAUGAUAGAAAACGCCACGAUUCUUGUCCCUGAUGCGCGAGCAGUGAAUGGAUACAUCCAUAUCAUCGACACUGUCUUGAAGCCUCCCCUGUCAGUUCUCCCUCCCCUGCCACCAGAAUUCAUGGAUUUUCUGGAUAAGACUCCUAUGUUCAGCCGGUUUAGAAAAACUGCACUGCAUUUCAACCUAUCCAUGGAAACAUUGUCACAAGGCUGCACCGUUCUUAUUCCAGUCGACAGUGCGAUUGAGGAAUACCUAAAAGAAAAGAAUUCUACAGAACUGGACCAGGAUGUUUUCAAAUAUCACUUUAUUCCGGAUGAGCCAAUGUUUCCUGAACACAUAAGCGAUGGAACUUUACGAAGCACACUACUUGGAGAUUCCUAUCAGAUCAUGUUUCAUUUUAACAGCAAAAAUCAGACGCUAGCAAAUGAUGUUCCUUUAGAUGGGACAUUUAAUGAAAUCAGGCGCGGAGUUGUCAUGGGAAUACCAAAAGUUUUGGAAAUCCAUAAGAACCGCUGUAACAAGAAUGUGUACACAAGAGUUUCGGGACGAUGUGGGGCUUGUGAUUCUCCUCCCAAAUGCUAUACCGGAGCCAAACCAUUGAAAGAAAGUUACCCACCAAAUAUGAGGCCUAACUGCAAAUACAGGAAAAAAGUGGGAGCAAAAAGGAGAUCUGUGUCCGGCUGUCAGAUGCAAUGCUUGAAGACCGUACCGGAACACGCAUGCUGUCCAGGUUAUUACGGGCAUGAAUGUUUUAAAUGCCCCGGGAAGAUAGACAACUGGUGCUACAGCAACGGGAAGUGUAACGACAGCAUAGUGGGCACGGGAGAGUGCCUCUGUAAUGAGGGCUUCCAUGGCACCGCCUGUGAGAUGUGCCAAGCAGGACGCUACGGAAGAGACUGCAAGUCAGACUGUAAAUGUGUCCCGGGUCAUGGGAAGUGUCGGGAUGGAAUAGAUGGCGAUGGUACAUGCGUCUGUUCAAAAGGCUGGAGAGGAGAACAGUGCCAUUUGGAAAUUGGAAAAGAUGACUGUGGAGGAACCUGUGAUCAAAACGCUAAUUGUAUUUCAGAGAAGGGAGGGAAACCAACUUGUACCUGCGUCGCCGGCUAUGAGGGGAAUGGAACCACUUGCAAAGAAAUGAACUUGUGUGAGACUCAGAAUGGUGGCUGCUCAGAGAAUGCCGACUGCACCCAUAAAGGACCUGGAGAAAGGGCAUGCAUGUGCAAGGACGGCUACUUUGGAGACGGGGUCGAAUGUUUAGAAAGAGACCCAUGUCUUUUCAAAAAUGGCGGGUGUGAUGAACAUGCCUUUUGCAUCAGAACAGGGCCAAAUUUGCAUGCGUGUCACUGCAAAUUUGGCUUCAGUGGAGAUGGAAUAGUGUGCAGCCCACUCAACCCUUGCUGGAAGGACAACGGCGGGUGCAGCAUUAAUGCCAAGUGUAGGCAGACCGGCCCUGGGGAGCGUAACUGUACCUGUUACUUUAGCUACAGGGGAGAUGGCAUCACCUGUACAGGCAGUGUCUCACGCGAGUUGCUUCGUCUUCCAACUGGUCGGUGGUAUCGCAAUGAGCUGAGUCUGUCAAGGAUCAGAGAUAUUUAUUCAAAAGGACCUUUAACAGUCUUUGUUCCUCACACCGAUUACACUGGAAACCUCACAAUUGGUCCGUGGUACAAUGCCAGUCGGGUACCUGACUUGCUGAGGUACCACAUAGUGGGCUGUGAAGAGCUGAAUCUUAAUGACCUCAAGUCAGCAACUACUUUGGUGACAGCAUCUGGGUACGAAUUGAAGAUCAGCGUCAAAGAGGGGGUCGUGUACCUUAAUGAUGACGCAAAAAUAGUUGAGAGUGACCAUUUAUGUUCAAAUGGAGUCAUCCAUUUUGUGGAUAAACUACUAACCCCUUAUGAUCUGGGAACAAAAACAGUGAUACCACCUAAGCUUAACGUGACUGUUGCCGCAGAGGCUUAUGGAUACAGCCAGUUCAGCAAAUUGCUUAAGGACACAAACCUCAUAGCUUUGGUGGAGAACAGACAGCUGCAGCCCUUCACUAUGUUCUGGCCCACCGAUGCAGCCUUGAACUCCCUGUCUGCUGAGAGGAAGACCUGGCUCUACAGCGAGGACCACCGCGAUAAACUGGAAGCCUUUCUGAAAGCACACAUGGUCAAAGACACAUCCACAGUGGCGGCUUAUCUACCUUCAGAGAGAAUGUACUCCAUGCAUGGGUCAUCAUCUAUAUCCGUCAGCUGUGAUAAAACUAAAGUUGGACAACUGCUGAUCAACAAUAAUGAAGCCAAAAUUGUGGAGCGCAAUUUGGUGUUUGACGUGGGCAUUGCACAUGGCAUCGAUCAGCUUCUUGAGCCACCUAACCUGGGAGCUCGCUGUGAUGGCUUAGAUUUCAAGACAAUAAACGGACGAUGUGGAAAUUGUAUGGUACCACCUCAGUGUCCCUUAAUGGCCAAGGAUACGGGGAAAAAGACAUCAUGUAUUAGGCAUUCGGGCUUAGGAUUCAGGUAUGGAUCUGGCAUGUAUCCAUCCUCAAGACGAUCCUACUUUGGGGAUUUGGGGCAUUUAGGGAGCCCUCUCUAUGACGACUUGUUCUCGAGGAACGGGUGCAGACGGCAAUGCAAUAUAACUGAAUGGACAUUCCGAUGCUGCAAAAAUCAUUAUGGAUUGAGCUGCCAAGUGUGUCCUGGUGGGCUGGAGGCUCCGUGUGGUGGCCAUGGGGACUGUGACGAUGGCCGCGCUGGUUCGGGAACAUGCAAAUGCCAUGCAGGUUUCAAAGGCUCAGCCUGCGAAUUAUGUAUGACCAAGCACUACGGCUCCGACUGCAGAGCGUGCAACUGCACAGCACAUGGAAGCUGUGAUGAUGGCAUAGACGGCAGUGGAAGCUGUGCCUGUGAAGAGGGCUGGACAGGAGCCAGCUGUGGAGACAAAUUUGAGAGCAAGCCCUCCUGCCCGCCUUGUGAUGUGAAUGCAGUGUGUGUUCCUGUGAACAGCUCGUCUGCCCAGUGUGAAUGCCAGAUCCCCUAUUUUGGUGAUGGGCAGAAUUGCACUGCUCCAGAUUUCUGCAAUGAAUACAAUGGAGGCUGCCACCAAUAUGCGGACUGUAAUCAGAUCGGCAUCAACGUCACGUGUACAUGCCACCCAGGCUACUCAGGGGACGGUAACGACUGCUCACCCAUUGACAAAUGCGCGGAUAACAACGGUGGUUGCAGUGAUUUUGCAACUUGCUUGUUUACUGGGCCAAAUGAGAGGGAUUGUCUCUGCAAUGACGGCUAUGUAGGAGAUGGUAUCCAGUGUCUGGUAAAAGUGGUGCCACCUAUUGAUCGAUGUCUGGAUGACAAUGGCGGAUGUGACCCCAAAGCCCUCUGCAAGGACCUUCAUUUUCACACAAAAACUGCAGGUGUUUACCACUUGAGGUCAGCAGAGGGAAAAUACAAGAUGAACUUCUCCUCUGCAGAGGCAGCCUGCCGGGACGAAGGGGCCACGCUGGCUACCUUCAAUCAGCUGGCCGACGCACAACAGCUGGGUAUGCACCUGUGCGUCGCGGGCUGGCUAGAUGGGAAGAAGGUCGGAUACCCAAUGAGAUCUCCAUCAGCAAAGUGCGGCGACGGCAAAGUGGGAGUCAUCCUCUACAAAGACCCUGUGGACCUCAGCAGCACAUAUGAUGCCUACUGUUACAGAAUGCAAGAUGCUGAAUGUGUUUGCAGCGAAGAGUAUGUUGGAGAUGGAAGUUUUUGCAAUGGAAAUUUGGCCAGUGUCCUCGCCCAGAAUGGACAGCUCUCAACUUUUUACAAUGCCAUGUUGCAGUAUGCUACCAGUGUCAAGAAAGGGGAGAAUAUUUUGGACUUCCUGUCUUCAAGCUCAACUUUUGUCACAAUGUUUGUUCCAAAAGACGAAGGAUUUUCUGUCAAUGAGACUUUGUCUUGGAGAGAUAUGCAGUACCACAUCUCCAUUGAUAAAAGCCUCCACGUCUUUGAGAAUCUGACACACAACUUGAUUAUUCCGUCAAGACUGGGGUGUAAUCUCACCAUAGCAGUACCAGCAGAUCCAUUAAUGAGUGAUGAUUCAAAACCUAACAAACUUGUCAACAAUCGAAGGAUUUUAGACUGGAAUAUUCCGGCUAUCAAUGGUAUCAUCCACAUCAUUGAAGGACCACUAAAGGCACCGCCUGAACCUGUGAAACCGUAUCAUCAUCCAUUGUCAGGAGGAGGGGGCUCAGGACUGGCAGUCUUCAUCACAGUCUUCAUCAUUGGUGCUGUUGCUGGUAUGGCCUACUACGUUUUCAGACAUAAAACCGAGGCUUUCCGCUUUCAGUAUUUCAAGAAUGAAGAUGAAAGAAGUCCCUCGGAGAGUGCCAACCCUCCUGUUGUUAAUAUCUCCAAUCCUUGCUACAGUGGCUACGCAGCCUUCACAGAACCAUUUGGAGAUUCAACUACCACAGAACCUGCUGCCCCACAAAACCCUCUUGAUUAAUUCCAGGCAGACCAGGGGCCUAUACUACAAAGCUAGUCCAGAAGUAAACCAGGUU